UAUGCAGUUCAUCAUUGGAAUGUCUCUUGGGAUAUCAAUAUUCCUAAUACUAGUAGCAGCUAUAGUGAUUGGAACAGUCUUAUGGGUAAAAAAGAAUGACAGCCUUGAGAAAAAAAAAGAUACAGUUAUUCCUCUGCUGGAGCUUCCCACAGAAUCAAGAAAUAUGUAAGUAUUAGCACUAACAAUUUGGAACUCUACAUAUUUUUUUAUUCUCUGCAUUUUUUAAUUGCUGAGCAUAGUCAAUACAUGCUUUAUGUUUUUUUAUUUCAAUUUCUUUAUUUUAUAUAGAUACAGCAUGUCGAUUUUGAAUGUUAAAAAAAUUGUGUUAAUUUUUAUUAAGCUCUGGUAAAAAAAUUAAAUUAACUUAUAAUACUACAAGUGCAAAAUGUGCUAAAACAAUAACGCCGGAUAAAGUCUAACCUAUCACACCUUUGAAAAUUUUAAUUGCCAUUGCCAAUAUUUUUUUUCUUCAAUUUUUACUGGAUUUACUCAAAAUUGGAAAUAAUAUAUUUUCUCUCAACUUUGUUUAGGCAAAAUCGACGAACCUCUAGAACACAAAGCCAUGGAGGGCAAAUAGUGGUAAACCAGACUGAAGAACAACCAGAAAACAAUAGGGGUAAUAAUCAUGUGUUAAUUAAGGAAAUUCAUAUGAUUUUAUUGCUUUCUGUCCAAAAUCAACUACCCAUGCCUUACACCAUACCCAACAAUACAGAUUCAAUUAAGAAGAAAAAAGCAUUGAUGGAUCGUAGGGUGGUAGGUGGCAGUGGUAUUAGAAGUGAGGGGGAAGAGGGUGUUAUCCACCCUGUGUGGCACUUCUUUCUUUUUAUUUAUUGGUGGCAUCUUCGGCUAACUGCAGAUUCCAAAAAUCUAAGCCAGCCCCAGGUGGCACUAACUCUUGCUACACCACAGGCAGAGGGUGGGAUGACUCACCAUUAUGAGAUUCAAUAUGGGGUCUGAGAGUUUGGGAUGGGGCAAAUUUUUGAGAACUGAAUGAUGAGCCCACAAAUUUGGCUUGAAAUAAUCUGGAUCAAACAUGAUAUUUUAAAUUAACCAAAUUCAUCUUUUCAUAGGCCCAGUAAUUUAUCUUGCAAAUCCAAAUCCAACCUUUAACUCAUUCAGAGCCCAGACUAGUUUUUCCUUUUAUAAGCAGCACAGGAAAAGAAUUUUUGAUAUAUCUAGCACUGUCUGAAUUAAAAACUUUGUAUAAGCCUAUUUCCAAUGGAACAAGAUAGUUUACCUUUUUAGCCAAUUGUACUAAUUAUUUAAUUGUCUUCUCAUUCCAAAAUUUCCAUGACAAAAAAAUUAGACAUUUUACAUUACAUCAUGGUUUUAAAAUAUCAGCACAAAAUUUCAGGACACAGUGAUCAAGCUUUGCCAACAAUGAACGGAUCUGAGAGGAGGAUGUCAAGCCAAGAUAAUAUAAUCAGACACCAUUAUGAUGAGUUGUACCAUGGCUAUAGAAUUCCACAAGGUCAGCUGUCCUUUAUGAUAAAUGUUUAUAUCUAUUUUCUAUUUGAUUAAAAUAUGUUGUUUUUUAAAUCUACAUUUCAUGCAUUUGAACUCAAAGUAGUAUGACAUUGUCAAAUGGUUUUUUUUUAUGCACCAAUUAAAUAUGUGCGGCAGACAAGAAUAGUUCAAGUAAUGCAUCAAAAUAAAUCUUUUUUCUUUGUUGUUGUUUUUUUAAGUUGUAGGCCUAAAUUUCAGAUGUAAUGAUACCAUUUCAUUUUUUUUUCUUUCAGGUAUUGAAAGGCCCCGGCAAAUAAGUUCAUUUAUAGAAGACCCUCAUAUUCAGUACUAGCUAAAUGAAAUUAAAUUAAAUUUGUGUGC